CAGUAACUGCGGGUAAUGUUAGCCUUUUGGCUCAGUGGCAACAACUCCCCUAGUUUCUGGCAGCAGGCCUGCCUCCCCAGAUUCUGUCAUUGAUGCAGAGGAACUAACAAGAGGUGAGCAGGUCAGGGAAGAGGGAACUAGGAAAAGAUGGAAGACUCUCAUUCACUUCCACACUUGCAUCGCUCUUGUGCAGUCAAACAACAACACACCCCGUCCCUCACGGAUUCACUCCAGCGGCUUCUCACGCAUCUCUCUCGCCCCACCCACUAUUUCCUGUUUCCUCCGUCGUUCUUCUCUUGCCCAAAUCGUAGUUCUUACUCGAGCUUCCUUCUCCUCCCCUGCGAUUCCCGAUAGUACCCCCACCCCACACAUACUACCAUAAAUCUACCACCAGAAAAACCAUCAUGCCAAUCCAGUGGACUGCAGACGCUGAUGCCAAACUCUUCCUGGGGGUCCUCAUCCAGAUGCGGGGCCGCGUCAAGCUGGACUAUGAGGAUCUCGCCGCCCACAUGGGCUCCGACUGUACCGCCUGUGCUGUAGAGCAGCGAAUCGUGAAGCUUAAGAAACAGGUGGCUGGCAAGGCCGGUUCUCCGAGCAACGCGUCCACCCCAGCGACCACUCCGAAGAAAAGAGCUGCCGGCCAGUCUACCAAGACUCCCACCAAGAAGGCAAAGCUGGACCAUGCGGAAACCUCGGUAUCGCCUCAGAAGGGCAACGUGCGUGUCUCGGGCGGAAGCGCGCCGGUGGGUAAGAGCGAAGUCAAGGCGGAGACCAAGGCUGAGAUGGCGGACGGGAUCAAGCAGGAGGAAAUCGAGUGACAGGAUGUCGGGGCUGGUUCACAUCUACAUCGUGAAUGGAUAGAUAAUAUCUCGAACUUGGGAGCGGCUGGGAACACGCAUGGACUUGAAGUUUGUAGGUGGCGCGUGAUAUUAC